GUCAGCGUAACAUACGGUGUGUUUGUUGAUGUUGUCCGUGUAAUUCCUUCUGUGUUCGAGGUGGUCAGUGCAAAUGGUUGUAUGAAGUUUGCUUAAUGCCAUGAUCAUGGUACAGAUCACUGAUCUUUAAUGCCGUUUGACCUUGUCGGGGACAACAGGGAUCAAAGUCACGAGGACUGCAGUGAGAUCUCGCUAAUAACGCCCAACAUCUGACGAAUACCGUAUAUGAAGAGCAAAAAGACCUUGAGACCUGCCAUUGUGGUAUAUAUAUUGAGAGAGAGUUUGAAUCCAUGGAAGGCAUUCGUCAAGUCAUGUAACAUUACAGAUCCUUGGGGCUGUGCGACCACCCUAAUGGUAUCCGCCUAAUCUCUGAGUCCGGCUUCCAUGAUCUCCUCUGGAGCUUCGAGCCACUGAAGACCCCACGACACUUGGCAUCUGGACACCAUUGAUCACAGGAAAAAUGUCGUACAAUGCGGAUGAGAAGCCACACGGGCUGAUGGAGAAGUUAUGGGCCAUCUUCUGUUGCAAUCCAUUGCGUUAUUGCUGUGAUUGCUGUUUUGAAACCACCCCUACCAUCAAGAAGAUUGACAUUCGGCAUUCGUUCCGAGAGCCAUCUGAAAGAUUAGAUUCCACGAGUAGCAACACGGACAGUGUGCCUAGCUACAGAGAGCGUAUUGACUCGGACAACAUGUCCCGUACUGACUCCACGUCUAUAUCCUCCGCCAGUAAUCUUAACGUGGACAGCAAGAGAGGUUCGGGAACGACGCCCAUCAUCGACAUGAAACCGAUUGAGUUCUGGACGGCAACCAAGGAGAACAUUCAGCCGCGUCAGCACAGACGCCGGCUUCCAAGCGAAACCGAGAUCAGUGUGGAAAACUUUCAGAAAGAUCUGUACGAGGUGGAGGAAAGCAACGAGGAGUGUCUGACCGACGAACAAAAACUGGCCCGAUACCAGCUCGGACAAAUUCAUUUCGGGCUGCAGUACGAAGUAACCACGAAAGUCUUGGUUGUGAAAGUCAUUGAGGCCCGUGACCUGCCAUCACCAUACUCGCUAGACGAGAACAGACAAGACAUGGCUCACUCUAACCCAUACUGUAAGAUUUCGUUACUGCCUGAUCAGAAGAAUUCCCAACAGUCAUCUGUCCAGAGAAAAACUCAAUGUCCGGAAUGGAGCGAGUACUUUGUAUUUGACAUUCCAUACAAAGAAGCUCAGAGACGCACACUGGAGAUUCUGGUGAAGGAUUUCGACAAGUACUCCCGACAUUGUAUUAUCGGACAGCUUCACCUACCACUAGCCAGCCUGAACAUGGUCAAAGGUCGGCAUAUGUGGAAACCUCUCUCACCAAGCUCGAAGGAACGGCAUGACGUAGGCGAGCUGUUGUUGUCCCUCAAUUACCUUCCCACAGCUGGUCGGUUAAACGUGGACAUCAUUAAGGCAAAACAGCUUCUGCAGACAGAUCUUGUGGGCGGUUCUGAUCCGUUUCUAAAGGUCACGUUGGUUCAGUACGAGAAACCCAUCAAAACUAAAAAGACAUCCUGCAAGAAGAACACAAUCGAUCCCAUCUUCAACGAAUCGGUCAGUUUUAAUGUCACCCCACAGCAACUCGAAUCCACCAGCAUUGUGCUGACGGUCUGGGACCACAACAGUAAGACGCGGGACGACUACUGUGGCCGGGUCGUUCUAGGCAAAUACAGCACUGGACCGCACGAGAUCACACACUGGAACCGUAUGCUGAAUUCUCAAAGAACGGCUGUGGCUCAGUGGCAUUCGCUGCGAACGCGUCAGGAGUGUGAUCAAGUGUCCCCUGCCUCUAUCGCUGUACCCUGAACUAUCCUGAACGCCAUCGAGUGCACCGAGGACGAAGGUCACCAGCUUUAGCCUGCAGCUAGAACUGCCCGAGGCCCGCAGGGCGUCGUGCACCCGUCUAAACCCGAUCCCGGGAAUAUCACCAAUGUGUAUAACAUCAAAGCAGCCCAUGACUGUAUCCUAGUAUACGUGAUAACCCUUGUCAAACACCAAUUUCCCAGUGUACCAGGUUUAUCAGCGGUUACAACAUCACAAAUGUAUGAGCAUUAAUUUCCCUGAGGCCACAAGUUGUGAAUAUGAUGAUGAACAUCCUUAGAUUUGUGUGUAUAUAUAAAUAUAUAAAUCACUUUUGAUGUCUAUUAUCAGUGAGUACAAAUGAGACAAUUGUCUGACUACUGUACGCCCUUACGUAUGCUGGCUUAAUAAAGACAGCGGCAACAGAGGCUCGCCAUGCACAACGGUUCCCAGACACAUGUAACUCUGUUGCAGUUUCACAUAUCGAAUAGAAUGUAUAUUUUAGAUAAAUAUUUUGCUUUGUGCGUCAGUAAAUACUAUUAUUGUAUAAAAUUAUUUUACAUAGAUUAUGUUGUUGUUCGUAUAUGUGUGUAUAAGACAAGCCCAUGAAGACCCCAAGUUGAGCUCAGCUGUGCUAUAAGCUCUUUGGGAUGGAAAGUGCUAUGACGUCGUGCAUCCGUUAUGAACUGAAGCGUUGCUUUAACAUGUUAAACAACCGACUGCUUUGGAUAAUGACAGAU